AUGGCAGAUAAUGGAAGAGGAGAGGCAGAUGGAGCCUAUGAUGUGAGUGAAAUUCCACCUUGGGAUGAGGGCUCACACUCAUUUGAUACGAUGGAAAAUAGCAGAGCACAGAUAAACGUCAAAGAGAAGAAACACGGAGUUAUUGAGUCAUUCAGAGGAAGCCUCAAACGAGUUGGAGAAAAAAGCCCUCUGUCCCUGAAAUACAAAGGCUCAAAGAACAAAACAGAGAUAGGGAACACCUCCGACUCUCAGGUGCAUCCUCCACCUUCACCAAAUUCAGUGGUUCAUUCAGGAGGUGAACUGCCUAAGAAGCGUGAACCUGGAAGAUGGAGUUUCCGUAUGGGGAGUAAGAAAGAGAAAACAGCAUCCCUAACACCCAAACAGGAGCAGCUGGAGGUGGUCACAGAGGAUUUGAUCUCAGCAGAGGAGAUGAUGCCAGAGGUUACAGGAGGAGCAGUGGAGGAAAAAUGGUCAUACACACUACCAGAAAUACCUCUAGCUCCUCUGUCAGUAAUGCAGAUUAACAAGCUCAUUGAGAUGGAAGUUUUGGAAGAGGCCUAUCUGAACCUGCUAUCCUUACAGUUAGAGUUUCAGCGUGAUCGGGAAGCUCCAAGUGAGGAGGCCUCUUCAGUGGAACUGUCCCAUAAAGAGAAAGACUUGAGUCUUCUGUACAAGGCCCUGAGGACCAAACUGAAUGAUAUUGUCCGACAAUCUUGUGCCUUGCCCUCCCGCAACAAAGAGCUGCUUGUGCUCGUCGCCUGUAUCAUCCAGGAGGAGGAAAAAAGAGAAGGAGAUCUGGGGGGGAUGGGGGAAUGGAGAGAGGCAUGGAGGGCUGCAGUACGGGAAGGGUUGGGGGACACACUCAAGGGAGUUCACCUGGACAGCCAUGAGCAAAGCACUUCCUGGUUGCCGGUACACUUGGGACUUCUGGGUAAAGCAAUUGUGGAGGACUUAGAGAAAGUGAAGACAGAGCUUGUCAGCUCAUACCCACCAAGCUUUAACGUGUUUGAAACCUACGUAUCAUCUUGCCAUGAGGUUGUAGGAGAACACUUGAAGGGGCUUCUGGGGAAAGUGACAGAGACAAAGGACUACUAUGCUCUUCUGGAUUUCAUUAUUCACCGCUACCAGAGCGAGAAGGUUAUGGGCAGCAUUUCUUUGCAACCAGAACUGAAAGAAGAGCAGCGAACUCUGACACUGGAUAGGGAUUUCCUAGACCAGAUCAAGACUGGAUACUGCAGUCACUUACAGGCAGAUGUGAGGUCAUCCCUGGAUAAGAUAAUUGAACUGGAACACGAAGAGAUGUGGAAAGACAGCAGACAACCAGAUAUUGAUGAAGACCUCUACAACUCUCACAUCCACAUGGACAUCUGGACGAAUAUAAAGGGGAAAUUUCAGGCAACCAGAGGGCUUGAUGUGAACCUGGAACAGAAAGUCAUGUGCGCUUGUCUUGACGAGCUGAACAAGUUUCCAAGACGAGAGCACAUGGAGGGCUACAGUGAGAGCUGUCCACAGCAGGUGGAACUGCUGGGCAAGGAGGUGGACGGACUGAUCCACCGCCUGAGCCAGGCUUUGGUGGAACAUUUUAAAACUGAUGUUAAAGAGCUUGUGAGUGAGGUGCAUUACUUUGUGGUGAAGGAGUACAUCUCGCAGCUGAUGAAGAACAACUAUUCAUGCAAAAACAGGAAGAAUGAAAGAGCAGGCUCUAAAAUGAGCGAGCAGUGGGGUGAACUCAGAGAGCUCUUCCAGGAAAUGAAUUCUGAACAGAACUGGCUCUACCCAGUGGGAGACCACCUGAGCAAGAUUGUCGGACAGAAAAAUAAGAGUGAAAUAAAGAAUAAUCUAAAGCCGCUGAUUGAUGACUAUCCAGACAUCGGUAAGAAGCAUCUCUCAGCCGUGCUGUACUUCCGUGGGAUGAUCAGGGGCAGAGAGAGACAAGUGAUCCUGCAGAAGCUUACCGAGCUGAAAAGGCUCCCCAGGAAUGCUGGGGACAUGCAGCAUGCUCUCUUCGCUGAGAUACAGCCUGCAGUGAACACAGACUGUCUAGCCAACAUGCCUUUCUCCUGCUUCUCUGUCCUAAUCCCAGAGAGCUAG